AGUCUCGAGUCAUGGUGAUGGUGGCGUCUUCAUCAAAUUGUAUCUGCGACUGAUCCGUUUGGUGCAGGAGGGCGAGAGCGACGCGAACUGGUUUAUCGACGGCUUGGCUCGCGAGAGAGAGAGAGAGAGGGGGCCUCGGGGCUCGGUCGAAGGAGAUGUGGUCAAGCGUUCGCGGCGGAGCCUCGAGAGCUCCGAUGAGCAGCGGCAGCAUGUUCGUCCGGUACUUCUCCCGGAAGCGAGCGGAGAACGUGAGGAAGAUAAACCCUAAAGUCCCGCCUCAGGAGGCCUAUUCCAUCGCCCGCUCCCUCCACGACGUCAUUCGCCUCCACGGCCCCCUCACCAUCCCCAACACUUGGACUCACGCCUUGGAAGCUGGUGUGAGCGGUUUGCAAAGCAAGACACAUAUGAAAUUAAUGCUCAAGUGGAUGAGGGGAAGGAAGAUGCUGAAGCUGUUGUGCAACCAGGUUGGUUCCAGCAAGAAAUUUUUCAUCUCUACCCUACCUGAAGAACCUCAAGACGAUCGAUCAACAAGUACAGCGGAGCUGAACCUGCAAACUGAGAAGCCCUCUUCGCACUUAAAGGCGAAAAGGAAAAUAAAAUAAACAUGCCAGGAGCUUGUGUGGACUAGGGCAGCAUUUGUGCUAUUUGCUUUUAUCUCUGGCUAUUUGCCUUCAUUUGCCAUAGCCGACUUGAUUCUAAUUGGCUUCUGCAAUGUGAAAUGGAAUCAACUAAUCCAGGGUAAGUUUUAGGCCACUUGGGACUUUCUCUUGACGCACUCUGCUGAUACCCAGCUACUUCCUGUA